GUCAGAUUUUAUAAAGUUUAUUUCAAAGAAAUUAUUCUCUUUUAAACAUUUUAAUUAUUGAAAAUUUAGAAAAUUCUUUGUAUUUUUUUUAAUUUAAGAAAAUGAAUUUACAUUUUAUCAAAUAUAUGGUUUUGUACUUCAUUCUAACAAAAGCGUCGGUGGAAGAUAAUGAAGAUUCGAAUAAUUAUGAUGAAUGUCCAAUUUGUUUGGAAGAACUUGUCACAGAUAUUACAACGCAUACAUGUGGUAAAAAAUAUCAUGAAAAAUGUCUUAGCAAUUGGGAUAAAAUAAGCAAAUUCCAUAAUUGCCCCAUUUGCCGAGGAAUAUUAUAUCCUGGAUGCAUAUUUUGCUUGCGUCAAAUUCAAUUGGGCCUUAGGUUCCAAUUUUAUACUAACUGUUGCCAAGGGAGAUUAUGCAUACUGUGUUACGAGUUUCAGAAAGAUUUGCGUUUCAAAGAAAAAUGUCCAAAUUGCAAUAAAACAGGAGAUAUUCCAGUGCAUAAAAAAGAUAUAAUAAUUCCAUGUGUAAAUUGCAAUGAAAAUAAAGCAAACUAUAAUGUUUCUACAAAAUGCCUUCAUUACUAUUGUAAAGAAUGUGUAAAUCAUAAAGUCACAAUUGGUGAAAAAUGUCAAUUUUGUAAGGCAUUUUUAAAAGCUCGAACUUGGAUGAGUUGGUUAUAUUAAUACAUUUUACUUCAUUAAUGAAAGUGACACACAGAAAAAAAAUCAAAUAGUGUAAUUAUUAAUAUCAAAAAAUUGAUUUAUUGAACUUGGCUUCUUAAAAAAAGUAUUAAUUGUAUUUCAAAAUAUUUUCUUAAUUUGACUUCAAACAUUUAUGAAGCCACGAAUUACUAUCAAAAUUUGCUUAAAUUAUAUUACAUACUAAAGGAUUUUUAUUAUUAUCUUAAUUAUUUUUCUAUUAAUAUCAAUUGUAUACAGAACUUAUCA